CCCGUCCGUAUAAACCCUAAUCGACUGAGGAAAAGGACGAUGACGACGGAGAUCGAACCUCAGUCACUGAGAAAGCUCAGUCUCAAAUCAGUAAAACGAGCCCUUGAUCUUUUCUCUCCCGUUCAUGAUCAAUUCGCUCCGCCUAAUCCAGAAAGUAAAAAAAUCCGGCUUUGCCAUAAGAUUCAAGUUGCAUUUGGAGGCGUAGAGCCCGCGAGUAAGCCUAUGCGUCGAGCUGGCCAUAACAAUGAACAGAUAGCUCCAUCGAAUGCCCUUGCUCUUACAGGUGCAGAAGGGUCCAAGGAACUUCAAAAAGGAGCAACGGAGAAAGCUUUAGUCGUCGGUCCAACUUUACCACCAAGAGCCUUGAAUAACACUGGUCACGCAGGCAAAAGCACUGCUACUCUUCCGGCAUCUGGAUCCUUACCUGAAAGAAAUUUGUCAACUGCUGCUUUAAUGGAGAGAAUACCUAGUAGAUGGCCCCGUCCAGAGUGGCAUGCACCAUGGAAGAAUUACAGGGUGAUCCAGGGACACUUGGGUUGGGUUAGAUCUGUUGCAUUUGACCCAAGUAAUCAAUGGUUUUGCACUGGUUCAGCUGAUCGUACCUUUUCGAUAUGGGAUGUAGCGACUGGAGUUUUGAAGCUCACACUUACUGGACACAUUGGGCAAGUACGAGGCCUCGCUGUAAGCAACAGACAUACCUAUAUGUUCUCUGCUGGUGAUGAUAAGCAAGUCAAAUGCUGGGACCUUGAGCAGAAUAAGGUUAUCCGGUCUUAUCAUGGUCAUUUGCAUGGCGUCUAUUGUCUAGAUCUUCAUCCAACUUUGGACGUUUUACUCACCGGAGGGCGAGACUCUGUCUGCAGGGUAUGGGAUAUCCGUACGAAGAUGCAAAUUUAUGCACUCUCAGGACAUGAUGCUGACGUUUGUUCCGUUUUCACCCGUCCAACUGACCCACAAGUUGUUACUGGAUCUCAUGAUUCGACCAUUAAAUUUUGGGACCUGCGAUAUGGUAGAACAAUGACAACUCUAACGCAUCAUAAGAAAAGUGUCCGAGCAAUGGCUCUCCAUCCAAAAGAGAAUGCUUUUGUUUCUGCAUCAGCUGACAACAUCAAAAAGUUUAGCCUCCCAAAGGGAGAGUUUUGCCACAACACGCUUUCUCAGCAGAGAGACACAAUUAACGCAGUGGCGGUGAACGAGGACGGUGUAAUGGUCACUGGAGGUGAUAAGGGAGGGUUAUGGUUCUGGGACUGGAAGAGUGGUCACAAUUUCCAGCAGGCAGAAACUAUUGUACAGCCUGGUUCGCUGGAGAGUGAAGCUGGUAUAUAUGCAGCGUGUUACGAUAAGACGGGUUCAAGGCUGGUUACGUGUGAGACAGACAAAACAAUAAAGAUGUGGAAGGAAGACGAGAAUGCAACUCCUGAAACUCAUCCUCUCAACUUCAGACCUCCCAAAGAGAUCAGACGCUACUAAGGUCUCCCAAAAAAACAAUGAAGCAAACGCCCCGAAAAAUAUCCUACAAUACUCAACAGAAAAGGGAAAAGAAGAAGAUAAUAUAAGAAAACUAUACUGACAUUAAUUCAACAAUGCCAAAACAUCCACUUCUGAUUUCUGAAUCACUCAUUUUAGCGCUUAGCCUCUAAUCUGUCCUCCAACUAUUAGCGACUACAAGUUAAGAAAUAUACUUACACCC